GUACCUUGCAGUACCUUGGACACUGUGAGAGUGGGGCGGAGGAGUGUUUUGCAUACGUGAGUCAUAGGUGCGCAAUAUGGAUUUAUCUAAGAAUGGCAAGGAGGAAACCAGCUCCUCUGAGGGGGGUGCUACGAACAAAAUGGAUAAGAACAAAGAGGGUAUAUGGUCGUCGAUCCUGACGGAGGUCGUGUCGGCCGAGUCGACCAAGCUUCCGUCUGACAAGCAGGUGGUGGUGCUAGGCAACAACCAGACCGGCAAGACGACGCUGAUCGCCAAACUGCAGGGCAACGAGGACCCCAAGAAAGGCUCGGGGCUGGAGUACGCUCACAUCCUGGUCCGUGAUGAGUACAGAGACGCCACCACGCGGCUGUCAGUCUGGAUGCUGGAUGGCGAUCCGGCGCAUGCGCACCUCCUGCAGUACGCGCUCGGACCCGAGUCGGUGGCCAACACGGCGCUCAUGCUGACCGUCGCCAUGACGACGCCGUGGGACGUGCUGGACCAGCUGCACGCGUGGGCGGCCGUCAUCCAGGACCACGUGGACUCGCUGAACCUGAGCGCCGACACCGUCCGCGAACGGCAGCACAAAGUGCAGCGCCGCUGGCAGGAGUACAUGGAGCCGGGGGACGAGCUGGACGCCGCGUCACCGGCCAAGCGGCACUCUCAGCACCUGCCGGAGGACGAGGACGUGCUGCUGCCGCUGGGGGAGAACACGCUGACGCGCAACCUCGGCAUGGACGUCAUCGUCGUCGUCACCAAGACGGACUACAUGGCCACGCUGGAGACGGACCACGACUACAAGGACGAGCACCUGGACUUCAUCCAGCAGUACGUGCGCAAGUUCUGCCUGCAGUACGGCGCCGCCCUCUUCUACACGUCAGUGAAGGAGGACAAGAACUGUGACCUGCUCUACAAGUACCUGGUCCACCGGAUAUACGGCUUUCCAUUUCGCACCCCGGCGCUGGUCGUCGAAAAGGACGCUGUGUUCAUACCCGCCGGUUGGGACAAUGACAAGAAGAUCUCCAUUCUGUACGAAAACAUGCAUAGUAUACACCCAGAGGACUAUUACACGGCCGUCAUCUCACGACCGGCCAUUAAGAAGACGCUGGUCAAGGACGCCGAGCUGCAGGCCGAGGACGAGCAGACGUUCCUGUCGCGGCAGCAGCAGCAGCUGCUGGCUGGGGGCGUGGCGUCGCCGGGCCCGGGCGGCGGCGGCCCCUCGCGCCAGGACACGCCCUCGCGCGUGGCCGCCGCCAACGCCGUCCAGAAGACGCCCGAGCGGCGCGUGGCCGGCUCGCCCAGCAUCGCCAACAACACCUCCUCCGGGAAAAAGCUGGACGCCGGCAAGCCAGGAGCGGGCGUCACGUCCGAGGGCGUGCUAGCCAACUUCUUCAACUCGCUGCUGAACAAGAAGGCUGGCUCGCCCGGCAUGAACAAGUCCACCGAUAGCCCGGACACUUCCCUGGCUCGCUCGGACGCGGCCGCCGAGCUGGACCGCCUGACGCGCUCGAAGAAGACGAGCACGCCGGUCAAGGCGGCCGACGCGGCGCCGGACACGGACUGCUAGCAGACAUUCCCUGACACUCCCGCCAGCGCGCGCGCGCGCCGGCCGUCUGUGCGUGUGGGUGUGAUAGCUAUCGGGCGGGCGCCGAUCGGCACGCGGGCGUCCCCGGAUAGCGCGGACAGAGGCGGCCGGGCGCGCCGGCCGCCGCCGCCGCGGCGCGUGAACUAGUCGAUAGUUGUUGCAGCUUUACUCGUGUUAUGUGCGUGCGGCCGGCGUCACUCUCUUUUGGGUCUCACAAAGGUACCGGUUUGGCUAACCCGUUUUUACGAGCGCCGGCAUUUUGCCGGCGGGUUCUUCCUUUUUGUGGGCGUGGCCGCGUGCGCGCGCGCGGCCGCGCCUCAGGCGCCGGGUGUUUUAGUCGGGCGGUGACGUCACGGCUGGGACGUGACGUCGUGCCGGCCGCCGGUGUGACCAACCGCGAGUCCUGCUUUGUUAGACCCCGCCGUAGACCGGGGCGGUGGAGACGCGCGCGGCUCCGGUGCCAGGGGACUCGGCGACGGCCCGGGUCAGGGCAGAAAUCACGCGCGCAGACUUCUCGCUCGUGUCGCUCGCAUGUUAGCAAGCGCUCCGACUGGGAACAGUCUCACCAUAUUUUCAGGCCCUGGUUCUUAAACACGGAGGAAUUUCAAUGCGGGAUACAAGUGUCGCGUUCAAGACCCAAAGCUCUCACCACCGUGAUCUGAGUUUGCGGGCGCUCUGGCUGCCAACGUCGCGCGGCCGGGAGUGCGAGGCGCCCAGGCUCGUGAGCUCUCACGAGCGGUGUGGAAGCCAUGCCGGGUCGGGUUCGGCAACGUCCCGCGAUUAGCACGCUCUUGCGCUGUGGCAGCUGGCGGGCUUCCCCGCACCGACAUCUCAGUCGACGCCGGACGCGUCAUCCGUGAGGCAGUGCUUGCCUGGCGUCGCUGCCGGGCCUGCGCUGACCUGGGCCUGACCCCGCCCCCCCCCCCCAUGUGACGGGGUCUGGCUGGACUGGCGCAGGCGGCCGAGAGUCUGGCCGACGUGUCGGACGCCCGGGGCGAGGCGCCACCCCCCAACGGGCUCCGGUGGUGGGCGAACGCGGCCCGGGCCGGGUGAGGAGCGCCGCGCGGGGGCGAGCGCCGCCCGCGUGAUCCGUCUGCUGUCGCUCCGUCGUGUUGUUUUCCGGUGCUGUCUGUCUCGGGGCGUGCUGUGGACUCAUUCCUGUGUGGUGGGCGGGGCCGGCGGCGGCGCGCGCGUGUGACCCGCCCCCAGGCGCGCCGCCCCGACCGCUGACCGAUGGAGCGGCGCCUUGUACUCAGACCGCUUCCCGCGCCCUCCGGAACCCCAACCCCGCCCCGUCGCCUCCGCCGGCCGGCGGCGCUGCCCGCCGGCCUGGCCGCGUGGCGGCGCCGCCGUCGCCCGACGGCGGCUCUUAUGCAGCGCCCCUGGCCGAUCUGUUACUGCUGUGGUUGAGUUGACGGUAGGGUGGCGCCUGGUGUUCGGGAUGAGACGGACGCCCACCCGGGCUAGUAUACGGCUUGACUUGUACUUGAAAAAAUAAACUAAUUUAUUAUGCA